AUUUCCUUGUUAACUUCAAUUUGAACAAAGGCUCAAUAUACUCAGACUCAUUUUUCUGUUGUGUCGAUCUAAUUCGCAGGAUAAGCAAAUUCGCCCAAUCAACUUCAAGACUUCAACCUUUGAUUUGAUUUAGUUACUCCCACCAAGCAAUGGCUGUGUUUGCUUCUGCUUCUUCUUCCCGAGUGAAAUAUGAUGUUUUCAUCAGCUUUCGAGGUUCAGACAUCAGAUCUGGUUUCCUCAGCCAUUUAACAAAGGAGCUGCGUCGAAAGCAGGUAGACGUCUAUGUGGAUGACAGGCUGGAGAGAGGAGAUCAAAUAUCGUCUGCACUUGACGAAGCCAUAGAAGGAUCAAUGAUUGCGUUGGUCAUAUUCUCCAAAGAUUAUGCUUCUUCAAAGUGGUGCUUGCAAGAGCUUGUCAAAAUCAUGGAAUGUAAGGAAGCAAGCGGACAAAUUGUGUUACCAGUUUUCUAUUGUGUAGAUCCUUCAGAUGUCAGGCGUCAAAAACGAACUUAUGCAGAUGCAUUUGCACAUCUUGAACUGAAGUUCAAGGAUAACUCAAACGAGUUGAAAAAUUGGAGAUCUGUCUUGAAGAAAACCGCAGACUUAUCUGGUUAUCAUUCAUCAAAUUUUCAAAACGAAUCACAGCUCAUUGAUGCAAUACUCCAAGAUGUCCUAAAAAAAUUGGAAGAUAACAACCCGGUUGCGCCACAAUCCCAUCUAGUUGGAUUGGAUCAAAAUCUCGCCAUUGUUGAAUCAUUAAUGAAAAUUACGUCACAGGAAGUUCUACUUCUUGGUAUUUGGGGUGUUGGUGGGAUAGGCAAAACAACCCUGGCUCGAGCUACAUUUGACAAAUUCUCUUCUCAAUUUGAAAGCUAUUGCUUCAUAGAAAAUGUGAGAGAGGAAUCAACGAAGAGCAAUGGUUUGAGUCAUUUGCGUCAAAAGCUUCUUUCUAAGCUAUUAGACCAAGAUGCAGGUCUCCCCAUAGAUAUGAAUUAUGCAAGGAGAAGGCUAUCACGAAAAAGAGUCUUGAUUGUGCUUGAUGAUGUAUCCAAUUCAAAGCAAUUAAAAGAUCUAGCUGGACAACAACUUUGCUUGGGGCGUGGCAGCAGAGUAAUUGUAACAAGUAGAGACAAGCAUGUUUUUAGGAUUGGAGGGAUUCAUGAUGAAUAUAUACAUGAAGUCAAGGAGUUGAAUUUUGAAGAAUCACUAAAACUUUUUAGUUUACAUGCCUUCAAGCAAACUCACCCUAAUGUGGGAUAUGAAAGGCUAUCAGAAAUGACAGUUGCCUAUGCUAAAGGCAUUCCUCUAGCUUUAGAAGUUUUGGGUUCCCAUUUUCAUUCUAGAGAUAAGGCAUACUGGGAGAGUGAGCUUGAGAAACUUAGAAAGUGUCCCCAUCCAGAAAUUCAAAAUAUAUUGAAAGUUAGUUAUGAUGGAUUAGAUGACAUGGAUAAGGAAAUAUUUUUAGACAUUGCAUUUUUUUUCAUUGGAGAAGAAAAAGAUAGAGUUAUUCAUGUGCUAGAAGCUUGUGGUUUUAAAGCAGUUAGUGGAAUACAAAAUCUCAUGGAUAAAUCUCUCAUAAAACCAGGUUGGCUGAAUGGUAAAAGUACUGAAAUGCAUGAUUUGAUACGAGAAAUGGCUAAGCAAAUAGUUCGUGCGGAAUGUAUUAAAGAUCCUGCAUUACGUAGCCGAUUAAAAGAUACAGAUGAAAUUUAUAAUGUAUUAGAAAGUAACAUGGGAACUAAUAAAAUUGAAGGCAUCAUAUUGGAUUUGGAUCAAAUCAAACAUUUACAAUUGGACCCAGACACCUUUGCAAAGAUGAAAAAUUUAAGAUUUCUCAAAAUUUUUCACCCUAAACCACGGAUGAUUGAGCACAAGACAUAUCAUCAUAUAGAGCUUCCUUUUGGUCUGGGCUCUUUUCCAAAGAAAUUAAGGUAUUUUUAUUGGGAACAAUAUCCACUGAAGUCUUUGCCGUUGGGCUUUAAUGGUAAGAACCUUGUUGUACUUCAUAUGACAGACAGCAAUAUUAAAGAGCUUUGGGAUGGAGUGCAGGAUCUUGUGAAUCUAAAGACAUUAAAUUUGUUUAGGUGUAAACAAUUGGUUGAGCUGCCUAAUUUCUCUAUGGCAUAUAAUCUUGAAGAAGUCAAUCUCUGGAUGUGUGAAAGUCUACAUAGUAUUCAUCCAUCUAUUUUAUCUCUCCAAUCUCUUGUUAGAUUGAAUGUUUGUUUUUGUCGGGAAUUAGAAAGUCUUGAAAGUGAGACUCAUUUAGAAUCUCUCUCUUACCUUGAUUUUGGCUUUUGUAAGAGCCUCCGGAAAUUCAGUUUGUCAUCAAAGAAAUUGGGGAGUUUGUAUUUCAGUGAGACUGAAGUUGAAAUAUUGCAUUUGCUGCCAAUGGGAGGUUUCACGGAGCUCAAAAUCCUUGUGAUUUAUAAGGGUGAAAGAUUAAGGAGUCUUCCGAUAAGUGAGCUAUGUGGCUUGACAAAUCUUGAGAAAUUUAGAAUUUUGAAUUUCCAACAGGUGAUCCACACAACAGAGCUGCGCUCUCUUUUUGAUGCUUGGCGUAAUUUAAAAGACCUAAGUUUGGAAAGAUGCAGUUACUUGCUGGAAAUCCCUGACAAUAUCAAGGCCUUAACAAGCUUGAAAAUCAUGAUCUUGAAAGACUGCGAGAGGCUUAAGUCUAUACUUGGACUUCCUCCCUUCCUUAAAGUAUUAUAUGCUGGAGGAUGCACUUCAUUAGAGAUUGUAUUCUCUGAUUCUCUAGUUCAAAAUCAGUGUCAAUUUCAUUUCGAUGAUUGUAUAAAGUUGGAUGAGUGUUCUCUUCGCUUCAUUGAGAAACUAACUCAUUUCUCUUUGACUUCAGCCUGUGAGGAUAAGAAGCUUCGUUUUGUUUGGGCUUGUUACCCCGAAAGCAGAGUUCCAAAAUGGAUGGAAUAUAAACAUCAGAUAGAGGCUUCCAAUGCUAUGGAAGUCAUCUGCAAUCUCAAACGAUCACCCAUCAUAUUGUGUUGCUGCAUUGUUCCUUCUCAUCUUUGCUCACCUAAAAUGUUGACGAUCUACUGUGAUUUCUCUUAUGAUGAUGACAACAAAUUCCGCAGUUCAUUUUUUGCUUCCUCCCUCCUUAAAAUGAAUUCGGAUUGUGUUUGCAUAUGGCACAUGGAAUUGGAAAGGGAUUCGUUUGGUGCUGGAGCAGGUGAUGUUGCCAAGAUUUCAUGUGAAUUCUCUGCGGACUAUUACGUUGAUUUUGAUCAUGGAGAGGUAGAGACAGUUCCAAUGAAAGCAUGUGGAGUGCACGUGACAUAUAACUCACAGUCAGACUCGGAUGAAGAGCGACUCCCUCCAACAAAUCUCAUGACGACUUCACCUGUCACCCCUUGCAACUAAAAUUUAUACACAAGCAAACAAAAGCAUCACCACCCACACUGCGGUUGCUUCUUGUCCUAAGAUCAAGUCCAAAAUACAGUAGUGAAGAGUCUUUU